AUGGACAAUCACAGAGAUCAUGUUGCCUUCGAGCACCGUGAUGCCACCUUUUUCGUUGACAACCUGUUCAACAGCACCCCGUCGGCAGUGGAAACAGCCGACUUCAAGUUUAUCGACAAGUGGAUCGAGACUGCUAUCAAUGAGCCGCAAACCCCGCUACCGGCACCUGCAGAAACACUACCGUACUUAGAACUCGACGACCACACAUCUAAGAUCCCCGCCGACUUGCUUUCCGCUCCGCUUCCUCGACCGGCGUCUUCUCCUAACCAAACGGCCCGUCAGAGUAUGCACAGCACUCCCGUGAGCUACGCGAAGGAAGAACGCUUCGGCGAUGAGAUUCAGCCGAACAAUGCCCACCUUCAUCGGGACGAGAUUCAGCCAAGUCUCAUCCCGGUCUCGCCGCCCAUCUUCAAUGCACAUCUGCCGCUGCUUGGACAUCAUUCUGGUACCCCGAUGCAUGCAAGUAAGGACACGCCCGCGCUUGUAUCGGCUCUGCAUAGAAACCCUCCAGCAGAGUUGGCGUUCCGGGCCCUCUCACCUGCCUCGCUUCCUUAUCCUCAGUGUAUAAGAGAACCGGGACUUCUGCCUCAUUCGUGUUACGAAGACAGCAUCGGUCAUGACCUCCACUCACCGGCAUGGGCGACGCAGGCUCAGACAGGGACACCGCCAUUGUCUCCUAACUUUGUACCCGCAACGCCGCAGAAUGCAUUUAAUGCCGGGCAUAUUCCUCCUUCGUAUAUGUCUCCUGGGUACAUAUCUCCUGCGCACCUUUCACCGGGACAUUUCGCUGCUCCGGGGCUCAUUCCUUUUCCACGUGUGGCUACCCAUGGUAUUGCUCCGAUGCAGAGGAUUGGUGCUCCUGAACACUCUGGGCUCAUGGUAUAUAACACCGCCAUGACAGCAACAAGUGCCGACCCAAGCUUGAUGCAUCGGGUACCAAGCGCGUUAAGUGUGGAGUCGUCCGUGACUCAGGCGUCGGGGCAGGUGGGCAUUCAGGAGGCCCCACAAGCAGCGACAAAGUCGAAGAAUCGGUACUCCAAGGGGGCGAGCGCCUCGAACUAUUGCCAUGUCUGUGGUCGGAAUUCGCGAAUCGAAUUCGCGGUUUGUGCGAACACGAAGGUUGGCCUGUGUCGCAAGGUCGUGUGUGAUAAAUGUCUGUUGCUUUACGAGCGCGAGAGCUUCGUGACCUCCAAGGAUCCCCGCGUGAAGUGGAAGUGCACGCAUUGUCGCAACUGCUGUCCCCCUCGUGCCAGGUGUAAGCAGUACACCAGGAACAAUCACCGACGCCGGGCGCGAAAGGCAGCAGCCGCGCUGAGGGAGGCGCAAAACCGGCAGCUAGCCGCGCAGGCUGCACAAGCCGCUCAAGCAUCGCAACAGGGUCAUCAGCCGCCUCAAAUGAUCCCGCCUAAUCUGCUGCUGCCGACAAUGCCACUCGUGCAAGGGGCUCGAGUGGUUAAGCCGAAGCGGCAGCGAAAGUCGCGACGAAAGGGUCAGCAGAAGGGAACGAAGCGCGGACGAGUAAAACCGGAACCUUCAAGGCGGCCUGAAGUCGCGCUCGCGCCGACGCAACCUAUGCAAUGGUUGCUAGGCGAAAACACUUCCCUGUUCCUAGGCCAUGAGGCUCAGCCGGGAGUGCCUCCACUCGUUGGUCCUUCAACGCCACAAGUAACAGUUGCAACAUCGCCGAUGAUGGUGGGGCAGAUGGUCUCUCCGCUGCCUGCGCCGGACAGCCGAGGACAGGAGAGAGAUUUUUGUCAUCUGGCGCAGUCUCCAAACAUUGACAGCGUCCUCCUUCCGGAUCAGUUACCAAUGAGGGCAGCCGGACCGUCAAUGCAGUAUCUGAACCUCGAGGCUGCUGAACCGGCAAGUGGAGCUGGGGAUGGCAGUGGUAAGAGAAGAAGGGUUGUGGAACCUUUCCCUGAUGGCAUCUCUCCGGUGUCAAUUGCGAAUAUGGUGAUGGCGGACAAGCACGGAAAGAGUCCCUUCGCAGAGGACCUUGCUUAAACACAGGAGCUGGGAUUGAGAUUGGUCGUUUCAGUGGGCAGUACUUGUGAAUGUAUUUCUUGGCCAGACACAUGUACGUAUAGGGUAGGGGGGUGAUCUUGGUCAAGUAAACUUUGGUGUGUACUAGAUUUUGUUUUGGAUACAGACCCACUAGUAUAUCGCCCUCGUCGAGUGCCAAGACUUGGUUGGGGUUGCAACCCUUCAAGCAUGUUUCAACUCUGUCCUCAAUUGAGGACAAAAUUCAGGAGAGUAGACACUACCCAAGGGUAGCAAGAGUGACGUCUCGAGGGCGACGUCUUGAGGGCGACGUCUUGAGAGCGACGUGCUCUCUGCUCGUUACACAUGUACACGUGUACAACGUUUCACACUAUUUGAUUAACACAAGAUAAUAUUGAAGAUAAUAAAAUAAGAUAGAUGCCCUGUUGCCUUGUAAUCUGCGCUGGAGACACACGUACGAAAGACCUUUGUGACACAUACAGGGUACAACAGCGUCUGCUGCAUGUAAGCAAAGAGAUAGCCAGGCCGCUUACCGGCUGCCCAUAUAAAGCCCGCGCUCCCCCCUCCCCUCCCCUCCCUUCGCCUCAUCCCCCCUCCACCCCGCCAAACCCCACCCUCAUCAUGGCGACCUUCGAGGAACUAACGCAGCGCUUCACACUUGUCCUUGUCUGCUACGUCAUCUUCUCUCUGAGCAAUAUCUUCACCCUACUCCAUCUGCCGUUCCGUCUCUACGAACACCUCAGGCACCCUCGCGCAGCCGCCGCGCCUCCCAAAGUGACGAUCACGACGCACCCGGACUCGCCCGCCUCCGCGAAGGACACGGUCUUGCUGAUCCACGGCUUCCCUGACAGCGGCGCCAUGUGGUCGUCGCAGGCCGCGCACCUGUGCGCGGCGGGCUACCGCUGCCUGGUCGUCGACCUUCCCGGCGCGCGUGGCGAGCGCGUGGACGUCGCGCUCUCCUGGGACGAGACGGCGCAGCUGGUGUACGACGCGCUGCGCGCCGUGCACCCCGGCCGCGUCACCGUGCUCGCGCACGACUGGGGCGCCGCGUACGCCCUCCUGCUCGUGCGCAAGUACCCCGACACCUUCCGCCGCGUCAUCCUGCUCGACGUCGGCGUCAUCGACAAGCAGGAGGCCAGCGCUAUGGCCGCCAUGCUCGCGUACCAGACCCUUCUCGCGUACUUCUUCUGCCUGGGCGGCCCGGUGGCCACGGCAGCCGUCAGGGGUUUUUUGGCCUGUUGGAAGUACAGCGUGAGGCCGUUGGCGGAGGUUACCGUGGAUAUGUGCUACCCGUAUGUGGAGUUGGUGAAGACGAUUGUUAAGGCGGGGGGGCUGGUUGAUACUGAAGGGACGGUUAGCACGGAGACGAAGGAGUUGAUGAAGAAGAUCCCGCAUUUGUUCUUGUAUGGGAAGAAGAAAGGGAUGAUGUUUUAUAGUGACAAGUUUGUGGAGUUUGUGAAACGCACGCCUGGGGGGGAAGUCGUGAGUCUGCCUUCGGGCCACUGGAUCACUGAGGAGAUACCCGAGGAAUGUAAUCAGCUGCUGUCGCGAUGGUUGGAGAAGACUGAAAAGGCGGGAGGUGGGGAUUGCGAAAGUGAAGAGCCGGUGUUGGCGAAUGGCGGGGGUUCCAAAAGCGAGGAGCCUGUGCUGACGAAUAGCGAGGGUUCCAAAGGCGAAGAGGCAGUGGCGGCGAAUGGCGGCGAAUGAGAGAUAUCGGGGUGAUUAGAAGAUGGCUUUGAUGGGUAUGCGUGAGUCAUUUUCUUUCUACAGAGGAGGGAGGUAAAGCGAUGCCGAAAGACUGGGCGACAACCGAUAAAUAUGUGUACGUUGCUGUAGCAAAUGGUAUACAGGGACACGCGCGGGCCUCUGCACGGUCAAGGAUUUUAACAGGCGCUUCGUGUGCGAUGAUAUAUGCAGGACGUACAAGCGUGAAAUCCUUAGGUGGUGGUGAAUAGUGUGUUGAUACAAGCUGUGCGAUAAACAGCGAUGAUGGGCU